UGGUCAGCCGGAACUGUUCUACCACCAACCCUUGCCCAAAGAACCAAGAAUGUGUCUUCACUGGCGUAGGUUAUGGCUUCUGUAUCUGUCCACAUGGUUACACAAUGGAAGCUAAUGGUUACUGUAGAGAUAUCAACGAAUGUACUGAGAUUGAGGAUUGGGCUUUAUGUGGGCCUAAUGCCGAGUGCAUCAACAUCCCUGGUUCGUAUGACUGUGUUUGUACCCCAAGUUACACUGGAAACCCUAAAAAAGGAUGUUCUUUAAUUAAUAUUCCUUGUCAUGGGGAGAAUAACUGUCCUCAAAAUCAGAAGUGUGUCCAAGGCCAGUGUCACUGCUUGCCACCAUAUGUGUUACAAGGAAAAGUUUGCAAGCAUCCUUGUGAUUUGAAAAUCUGUGGACAAUAUGCUGGCUGUGUGCUAACUGAUUAUGGAGCUAAGUGUGAGUGCAACGAAGGGUUUACGGGAAAUCCCAACCAAGGUUGUCUAG